AUGUUUAUUGUUACAGAUCUACCAAUCUUCAUACAAUCAAAGAAAGGGAAUCCAUUGAUUCUAUUAGCUGGUUACAGGUACUCUAUGAAGAAUUGUAAACCUAUAGAUAACGAAGGAUUAAACCACAGUUUACAAUACGUGUACUCUAAGCGUGGUAAUCCUUUAAUGUUGUUCGCUGGUUAUACCUUCUCUUUGAAGAAGUACAGGACCACUAACGAUUCUCGACGUAGACUGUGGCGUUGUUCAACACACGCCAGUCGCGGGUGUCAUGUUGUACUGGUUACUGUGGACGAGACCAUCGUCAAGCCAGAAUUCGUACAAUCAGCGCGAGGCAAGCGUCAAAUAAAACUUAACGGGUACACGUUCUCAUCAUGGCCUCGGUGUGAAGGAAAGCCUUUAAUAAGGUGGUACUGUUCUUCUCACCACGCGAGAGGAUGCAAGGCAUCACUACUAACCACCGAAGACAGCAUCAUCAAAGUCACUGGAAGUCAUAACCAUGAUCCAGUGAACGGGCUGAAAUCGAAGUGGCAAUGUUCUACACACGCUACAUACGGCUGUCAUGCUAUUUUGUACACAUUUAAUGAUGUUAUUAUAGGCUUGAGAGACUUCCAUAAUCACGCUGCACCUAAUGAAACUGACUAA